CACUCCACUUUCCUCGUUGCCUCUUGUUUUCUCGUAUCUUCUGAAAUAUGGAUACUCUUAUGGCUAAUUACAAAGACGAUGAGGACGAUCGUGACACUGGCGACCAACCCCAUCCACCCUCCUCCACCGCCACCACCACUAAAACCACCAUCACUGGCGGUGGCGCCACUGAAGCCCCUUCUGAUGCGCUGCCAAAAACUGAGCCCCAGCCCGAGGUGGAACAAGAAGUCGAGGCCGAACCCGAAAUUGGAAGCGGCGGCAUCAGAGAAGAGCAACCGACGGCAAUGGUAUUGGAAGACCUCUCCUCCGACGAAAUCUCCGACGACAACGAAAACCCUAAAGCAGAAGAAGGGAAUGGGUCAAGGAAUUCUCCUAAUUUCACCAAAGUCUCGGAGGACACUGAAGACGAAGAAGACUACGAAGAUGAGCCCCCGCCAAAGAAGCAGAAGCAGCUCUCUUCGUUAACCUGUCCAUCGCCGGAAGACCCUGAAAAGCUGAAUCUUGGUGGAAUUACCACUCCUGCAGCUGCCGCUGCAGAAACGCCGCCAGCUGCUAUGGCGAAAUCUGGCUCGAAAAGCAGCAAGAAAUCCAAGAAAAAGAACAAUAAUGUAUGGACAAGGCCUACUUCGAGAAAAGGGAAAAAGAAGGGGAAAAACAAUGGUAAUCAGAACGGAAACAAUACUACAAAUAUUGCUGAAUCAGAGGAUAAGGUAUUAAUAACCCCAAUCCCCAGGUUUCCGGACAAAAAUGAUGAUAGCCCGGAUGCGACAAUAUGUCUUUCUAAGGUUUAUAAAGCUGAGAAGGUGGAAUUGAGCGAGGAUAGAUUGAGUGCUGGGAGCACUAAAGGGUAUAGAAUGGUGAGGGCGACCAGAGGGGUGGUUGAAGGGGCAUGGUAUUAUGAAAUUAAGGUAGUACAUUUAGGCGAUACCGGUCACACAAGGCUGGGGUGGUCAACGGAUAAAGGGGAUUUGCAGGCGCCAGUUGGAUAUGAUGGGAACAGUUUUGGUUAUAGGGAUAUUGAUGGGAGCAAAGUGCACAAGGCUGUGAGGGAAAAGUAUGGGGAGGACGGGUAUAAAGAAGGUGAUGUUAUUGGUUUCUAUAUCAAUUUGCCUGAAGGGAAUUUGUAUACCCCCAAGCCACCUAGAUGGAUAUGGUACAAAGGUCAGAAGUAUGUCUCUGCUCCCGAUGCAAAAGAUGAUCCUCCCAAAGUGGUGCCUGGAAGUGAGAUAUCUUUCUUCAAGAAUGGAGUAUGCCAAGGCACCGCAUUCAAGGAUCUUUAUGGUGGUCGUUAUUUCCCAGCUGCCUCGAUGUAUACGCUGCCAAACCAACCUAAUUGCACUGUCAAGUUCAACUUUGGACCCGAUUUUGAAUCUUUUCCAGAGGACUUUGGUGGACGGAUGUUGCCAAGACCUAUGGUUGAAGUUCCAUAUCAUGGCCUUGAUGUCAGAGUUGAGAAUGGUAGUGCUUGGUAUCCCACCAGAAUGUGUCCCAUGCUUAAUGUGGUAAAAGAGCAAGGUACUAAAAUUGUGGAAGCUGCUGAAAUGGUCAGUUAAGCUUGACGAAUGCAUUCAGGUGAGACAUGUUCUGUAUUUGUAAUGAGAACUUGUAAAAAGCUAUGUGGCUUGUUGUUCUAUGCAGUCUGACUGUAGAGUUAUGAGUCCAUCUGGUGUACAGUCACUCUCUAGCGGAUAUUGCCAAAUAUUUGAAAUGAUUGCCAGUCUACUGUCCUUAACCAUCGUUGACUGUGUAAAUACUGGUUCAGAAUUAAGCUUUAGAGCUUAUACUUUAUUGGUUCUGGCA